UUGAAUCUGUUGUGUGGGCCCAAUUCUUACUGUUUUUCUCAUGUAUCAGAUGAUACAGGAAAUCGACUUCGGUUCCAGCUGGAGUUAGAGUUUGUUCAGUGUCUGGCAAAUCCAAAUUACCUCAACUUUCUUGCACAAAGAGGCUACUUCAAAGACAAAGCUUUUGUAAAUUAUCUUAAAUAUUUACUUUAUUGGAAAGAACCUGAAUAUGCGAAGUACCUGAAGUAUCCUCAAUGUUUGCAUAUGUUAGAGCUGCUCCAGUAUGAACAUUUCCGCAAAGAACUGGUAAAUGCUCAGUGUGCUAAAUUUAUUGAUGAGCAACAGAUUCUUCACUGGCAGCACUACUCUCGGAAGAGAAUGCGCCUCCAGCAAGCACUGGCAGAGCAGCAGCAGCAAAACAACACCUCUGUAAAAUGAAAAACGCUUGGAAGAGUGACGAUAAGGUGCACUUUGUGUCAGUUUACAAGAGAGGAAUGAACCCUUUUGUAGGCUUGGCUCCGGGUGGGUGUACAUUUAAUUUUUGAUGUUACCAAGUGACUGGAGUGCUUUUUCCUUUCAUCAUCAACUUUUUUAAAGAUGCAAGACUGAUAAACACCUACUUCCACAGUUUA